AUGGCGUCCACUUCCAAUCCAAAAGUCACAAUUGCACAAGGCUCAAUCAACUCCUCCUCUCAACACGCAGCUCAAUCUCUUCAUCAAGCUCUAUCUAAUGGUGACCAUGCGAACCACCCAACCACAAUCAGCAUUGUCCAAGAGGAUGAAUCUCAAGACCAGGAUGAGAUCAACGUUGAUUCUGAGUUCGACGUUGAUGCUGAAGCCCGAUUAGUUCGCAAAAUCGACCUUCGCCUCUGCACCAUCUCUGGUAUUCUCUGCAGCUUGAACCUCCUUGACAGUGGUAUCAUCUCAUCCGCCGCUGUCACCAGUAUGCUCUCUGAUCUCCAGCUCACGGGUAACCGCUAUUCUGUCUCCAUAUUCAUUUUCACGGUGGCAUCAGUUUGUUGUCAGCUGCCGGCUACAAUUCUCAUGAGAUUUGUGGGUCCACGCAUCUUUUUCUCAGUUACAACCAUUUCUUUUGGCAUUAUCACCAUCUGUACGACUGCAAUCACAACAUGGCAGCAAAUGAUUGCAUUGCGCGUCCUUCUUGGAAUCAGUAUGAGUGGGAUAUUUCCUGGGCUCUCCUGGCUGGUUUCAGCCUGGUACACACGGAAGGAACAGCAACUCCGGUUCGCUCUACUACAAUCCGGCGAAGUCAUAAUCCUCGCGACGGGCUCUAUUGUCAACUAUGGUCUGAACCAUCUCGACAAACGCGGCCCCUAUCAACUUCGUGGGUGGCAGUGGAUGUACCUUGUUCAAGGUAGCAUCACAAUCCUUCUCGGCAUCAUCACUUACUUCUGGAUGGUUGAUUUUCCCGACCAUGCUGAAAAGUCGUUCCGCUUUCUUUCCCUGGAUGAGCAAUCCCUAGCCAUUGCUCGGAUCAACUCGGACCGUCGCGAUGCUGGCAAGCCAGAACCAUUCACGCUUUCUGCCAUUGCCAUUCAUUUCCUCGACCUCAAGCUGUACGCUUUCUGUCUCCUUUUCUUCCUGCUCAACCUCGUCUCUACUGCAUUGUCCUAUUUCCUUCCUAUAAUUCUACAGAAUGGCAUGGGUUUCAGCACCAACAAGGCCAUCAUCCUGUCUUCUCCACCAUACUACUAUGCGGUUCUGCCGGUUCUGCUGUCAUCAUACAUCGGCGACAAAUAUCGGAUUCGGGCGCCCAUCAUCAUUUUCAAUGCAACGUGCCUGGUUGUGGGAUUCUGUAUGCUUGGAUUUGUGUCACAGGUGACGGUGCGGUAUAUUGGCACUUUUCUGGCUACAGGUGCUUAUGUCUCCAACUGGGCUGCUCUGAAUGCCUACCAGGCCAACAAUGUGGUUGGACAGUGGAAAAGAGCCACUGUGGCAGCAGCAGUCGCUGCAUGUAACGGUUUAGGAGGCAUUGCUGGGAGUUACAUCGUCCGGCAACCCGAAGCGCCCAAAUACCUGACUGCAAUCUGGGUGAGCAUUGGGAGCCAUGCACUGAUGAUCGGCAUUGUUUUGGGUUGUACCGUAUGGUUCUGGUUGGCGAACAGGAAGGCAAAUAGAGGACAGUCUGUGAUCGAGGGAGUUCCGAAGUUUCGAUAUACUUAUUAG